GUUGAGAUUUUAAAUUGUGUUUUCUCCACGUCAGUCUCAGUGUGUUACAUAAGUAUGGGAACAGCACAGGUGUAACAGCUGUUGAAGUCCCAUCAGUACCUACUCUAUCUAGCAUGUGGAAGAUUUUUAAUGAUCACAUCAAGAUUUAUGACACACUCACUGAUGAAAAUGAAAUAACACUGUUGUGAUUGAGAGACAGACAUAUCAACACACUUUAAAUAUUGUCUCACUGAGGCCCUGUGGAGGGAAAUGUACAAUGCAGGAUAUAUUAUUUUAACAAAAGUCUUCUUCAUCAUUUCUCUCAUGCACAGCAAAGUAACGUAUUUCUUAGAACAAUCUCUAACAACAGAACAUUCAGAAAGGAUGAUUUCAGAGUGCGGACCCACUUUUGAACAUUUCUUUAGUGUGAUGUGCUGGUUAGUCUUUUUCUUUGCAUGAAAAAGCUUAUUUCAACACACUUCCACAGACUGUGAUCACUAAGCAUCAACAUUUUCCUGCAGAAAAGCAUGUUUGUUUUCUGGGACUCUUUGGCAGUCCAAACGUUUUAUUUAAUACCUUUAUUUGGUUUGGUUAAAAAUAAAUGGUUUUGUGAGACAUGUCCAGCUGAGCUGAUGUCCAGAUACUGUUUGGUUGUGUAAAACAGACAGAGUAUGCCAAGUUCAGUUGACCAAUAAUAUUAGGCCAACAGUGAAAACACCCUCCCUGAUGCAUAUAAAAGGAAGCAGCCAGUCACUUGUCUCCUUCAGAGUCUCUAUCCCAUCCAAGGCUGCAGAUAAACUCAAACGACAACCAACCCUUCCUCCUGCACCUGUGACGGAGAGACAUCAUCAUGCUGUUGUUCCUCUUCCUGUUGGGUCUGGCUCUGGGUGCUGUGUCUCCUUCAGAGGACCCUCAAGUGAAGCUUGAGCGUGGCAGCUGUCCCACGUUCUGGUACUCCUUCAACAACCGCUGCUACAAGUACAUCGCCACACAUUUGACCUGGGCUGAUGCAGAGCUCCAAUGUGUGUCAGAGGGAGCCAACCUGGUGUCUAUCCACAGUCAGGCCGAACAUGAGUUUGUCAGAUCACUGAUCAAGAACUUUGACGUUGCUGAGGGAUACACCUGGAUCGGACUCAGUGACCUCCACAAAGAAGGAGGCUGGAUGUGGUCUGAUGGGUGCGCAGCCAAGUUUUUCUUUUGGUAUGCAGCAGAGCCAAGCAACGGUGGAAGACACUGUGUCCAAACCAACUACGGUUACAAAUGGUACGAUUGGCCGUGUUCUAGCACUAUUCCCUCAGUCUGUGCAUCUCGCAUAACUUGUGUUUAGCAACUGAGAUGUUACAUAUGUCUGAUUGAACCAGGUCACUGUAAAACUGUUACUCUGUUAACAUGCUUUGGACCACAAUAAAGACAUGAAUGUACACUUA